CUAGUAAUGCCACCAAAAGCCAAAAAGAUCGAUCCUGAAUUACAAGCUGUAAUAAAUUGGUUAAUAAAAUUAGAAACAAUUUGAACAAUGGAAGGAGAGUGACGAAUACAGAAUCUGGUCAGAGUUAUAAAUAAUGUAUAAAUCCAUGGAUAAUAACAUCUCCGAAACUUCUAAGGAUUUGACAGGCAAUUGGCAAGUAAACUGUUCUUUAUUAGAUUACCUUCCAAUUAGAUUUAUCAUGAUAAAUUGCUAGAGGUUUGUUAGACUUUCAAAUGCAAAACUAAAAUAAAAUAAAUUGAACAUGCCCAUAUAAGAAGUGCAUUCUUUGCAGUUGAAGAUGUGGAGAUUAACAAAGCAGUUGUGAAACAGUAUCUUGAUGGAUUCUAUUAUUCAGUUGAGAAGCAAGACAAAGAUAGAGCUAAACAUGUGAAAGAAUUGCUUGCCAAAAUUGCGAGAAGUAAGUGAUUCAUUUAUUGAAAUAGCACUGGAGGAUCAUAAGUUUUUUGAUAUGAAUGCUGAAAAUUAUAUAGCAGAGAGGAAAGCAUUCGUUGGUCUUCUGAAUGAAUUUUUGAAAAAACUACCAAUUCUAAUUAAGUCAAGUCAUAAAGUCAUCGAAGAAAAACUGAUGCUUGUUUUAGGACCCCUCAGGGCAUUAUUGGAAAUCAAUAAGAAAAUGAUGUUCUUUGAUCUUGUUAAUACUUCAAACUAAGCAAGAUAAACAAAGGAUUUCAUCUUAAAGGUUGCAUUAUUAUUUGUAAUACUGAUUAGGCUGAUGUUGAACAAUAUUGUGUGUGUCUUCAAGAAGCACUGAGGUUAUUGCUAGAAUCAAAAGCAAUAUCAUGCAAUCCAAAUGUUAAGUUGAUCUUUAAUAAAUUGGGCUAUGAGGGAUGGUAGCAGAAUAAGAUUGAGUCCUUCUAUUUAACUCCGUUGCAGGAUGCUUUCGAUAAGAUGAGAAACAACUUGCUUUGUUUGAUGCUCAAGGGAAUCAAUUACUAUAAAGCACCUUUGAUGGACAAUACGGUAAUAAUUGUUAUUAAGAAUAGCAAUUUGUAGAGGAUGUGAAGGAAUUAAUUGAUGCAGAAUUGAUUGCUGAGCAUCUCCUGGGUACCACAUUGAAAAGAGAUUAAUUAAACUUUGCCUUUAAGGUUUUAAGUGUCAUCUAUAAUUCUAAUGCUCAAGCUAAAGAAUUUCUAAUUAAAAGGGAUGACAAUUGUAUCAAGGGGAGCAUUCCGAAAUUGAUGACAUACCACACAAUAUUGUAUAUGAGAGCAUGGAAGGAUAGAAAAAUAGAGGAUGAAUUGAAAGAAUAGAAAUUGCUAUAAAAAACAUAGCCGUUGGCACAAUCGAAUUUAUUUGAAGCUCAAUCUGCUAUGUCAGCCAUGUCGCCAGAUAAAAAGAGACAGGCUGAUGAUGAUUUGAGAAAGAAGGAGGAAGAGAACAUGAGAAUCUAAGAAAAACUAGAUUUUGAAAAGUAUGGCAGAUAUUGGAUUUGGGAGUACUAUGCUCAAGAUUAAAUGAAAGCCAAUUUCGAGGAGUGUGUCGAAUUGAUCAGACAUAUUAAUAAGGCGGUGUAAUAGGACAUAGAGGAUGUCAUUAUCAAAGAGGGCAUGGUUCCUAAGUACUUUUAAAUAGUGAUUUUAGAAAUCGUCCUCGUCAAGUAUAAUAGAAUGAUCCAAGUCAGAUGUUCAAUAAACUGUAAGAGAAAGACAAUGCAAAUGUGUAUGUAAUUUAGAGGAGACCACCAGAAUUAUGGAAUUACCCAAAAAUAGUGGAGGAACAACAUGAAUUUAGAGCCAUAGCCAAACCCAGAGAUUGUUAUAAGGAUGGAAGAAUUUAAGUAUUGGAGAGCAAGAUGGAAUAAUUGAGUGCUCACUUGGAGGGUAACAAGCCUCAGAGUUGGAAUGAAUUGAUUCAUAGAGUGAUAGAUGCAUUGAGCAAUUAAUAUAAUAAGAAACCUAGUGCAAUUGAACCAGGAAAAUGAUUUAAUAUGA